AGUUUUGUCUGUUCAGUAUUAGGACAACUCUGCAAUCUCUGACGUGACUGCAUAUCCUGGACUUAUUAUUCCAAGUGUAAACUACUGGAAGAAGCGCAAGUAUGAGUUUGUAUGCAAGGAGAGUGACACUGCCUGCAAUCACCCCACUGGUGCUUCAGAAAAGGGUGAUUAAAGUUUUCAGUGAAGAUGGCACCAGCAGAGCUUUGGAGGUGCCAAAUGAUGUAACAGCUUUACAUGUAUGCCAGCUAUUGAUUCAAAAGAACCAUUAUAUCGAUGACCAGAACUGGACAAUGUUUGAGGAGCUCUCCACAUUAUGCCUAGAAAGAAUUAUAGAAGAUCACGAGUUGAUGAUUGAAGUUCAGUCAAAGUGGGACAUGGAGGAAGACUGCAGAUUUUCCUUCAGGAAAUAUUAUACAAAAUAUGAAUUUUUUAAAAAUCCAGAGAACUAUUUUCCAGAUUUAAUGCUGUCCUAUUCAAGCGAAGUUAAUGGUGCACCAAAGUCUGUUGAUACAGUAAAGAUGUUCCUGAGUACAAGCACAUACCCAGAAGUCCAAGGUUACUUAUACAUGUCAGAAAAAGGGAAAAAAUCAUGGAAAAAAAUGUUUUUUGUAUUACGACGCUCUGGGCUUUACUUUUCAACUAAAGGGACAUCAAAGGACCCCAGACACCUGCAGUUUUUCAGUGAUUUUAGCCAAAGUAAUGUAUAUAUGUUGCUUUCUGCAAGGAAAGUGUAUGGAGCACCCACAGACUAUGGAUUGUGCCUAAAGCCUAACAAGACAGGAGGAGCCAAGGAAAUGAAACUGCUGUGUGCAGAGAGCGAAGGGAGUAAGGUCUGCUGGAUCACAGCAAUAAGAUUGUACAAGCACGGAAAACAGAUUUACCAAAAUUACUUAAGACCUCACCAAACAAGUGAUCCAAGCUCUCAGAAUUUGUCAUCUAUGAGGAGCAUAUCAGAAAACUCGCUUGCGGCAAUGGAUUUCUCAGGCCAUAAAAGCAGAGUUAUUGAGAACCCUACAGAAGUGUUGUCUAUUGCUCUACAAGAAGGAUUGUUAUGGCGGAGGAAGAGCUGUGGACGUAUCAGUUCACAUGGCAUCCCCACAUCUUCUCAGAAUUCAACAAUGAACUUCGCUAUCCAUUUGUCACAACCCUGGUUCCACCACAAUAUAUCAAGACAUGAAGCUCAGAAAAUGAUAGUUCAGCAAGGACUUGUAAAUGGCGUUUUUUUGGUCCGGGAAAGCCAAAGUACUCCAAAGUCAUUUGUACUUUCAAUGUGUUAUGGACAGAAGAUAAAGCAUUUUCAGAUUGUUCCAAUAGAAGACGGAGGAGAUCUAUUUUAUACGUUAGAUGAAGGACACACAAGAUUCACAGAUCUCACACAGCUUGUGGAGUUUCAUCAGCUGAACAAAGGAAUACUGCCCUGUACUCUGAAACACUAUUGUACCCGUGUUACUGUUUGACGUUAUCAUGGUUAAGAUCAAAUAAUGUAAAUAAUGCGCAAGGAAUCUUUUUAUGAAGGCACUUUUCUUGUAUAUACUCAUUGGCAAAAAUUCUAGAUUGUUUUAUGAUUAAACUGAGGACAAAACGCAUUCAAAAGUCUCAGUUCAAAAAAUGUGAAAAUGAAACACCAUAACUGACAAAUUUGAAUACAAUGAAUAACUAGCUGUUCUAGCAGCUAGCUAUAAUUUAGAACAAUGUGACAUAUGUGGAAGUGAUUUUACAGGAAUAAUGGGGGUCAUUCCGAGUUGAUCGCUUGCUGAAAAUGUUCGCUGCGCAGCGAUGAUGCAAAAAAAACGGCACUUCUGCGCAUGCAUAUGCAGCUCAAUGCGCACGCGCAAUGUACUUUCACAAAGGCCGAUGUACUUUCACACAAGGUCUAGCGAUGCAUUUCAGUCGCACUGGCUUCCGCAGAGUGAUUGACAUGAAGUGGGCGUUUCUGGGUGUCAACUGACCGUUUUCAUGGAGUGUUUGAAAAAACGCAGGCGUGCCAGGAAAAACGCAGGCAUGGCUGGGUGAACGCAGGGCGUGUUUGUGAUGUCAGAUCCGGAACUGAAUGGUCUGAAGUGAUCGCAAGUGCUGAGUAGGUCUGAAGCUACUCUGAAACUGCACAAAAUUAUUUUGUAGUCACUGUGCGAUCCUUUCGUUCGCACUUCUGCUAAGAGACACUCCCAGUGGGAGGCGGCAUAGCGUUUGCACGGUUGCGAAAAACUGCUAGCGAGCGAUCAACUUGGAAUGACCCCCAUUGCACCUUCAGUUUAAAAGCCCAGUUGCUAACGCGAGAGUGGAACAUGAUUGGCUUAUCCUUGGACAACGCCCACCAUUUUUUAAAAUGGUAACGUCCCACUUUCAAAUUUCAUAUGUCAUGUCAUGAUCACUAUCACAUAUCAGGGUAUAUGUAUCAAGCGUUGUAGAGAUAAAGUGAAGGGAGAUAAAGCCCCAACUAAUCAGCUCCUGACUGUUAUUUUACAGGUUGUGCUUGAAAAAUGAUGGUUAGAAACUGAUUUGUCAUUACAUUAUCUCCGUCCACUGUAUCUCCAAGGCAUUUCCCCUAUGGUGUUUGGGCUUGUUACCCUGAAGGCGUGAAGUCAAAAUAUCCAAAAGGCUUUCCGUUCUUAUAAUACUUGGUGAUAUUAAGUAAUGAUACUUGAACUGUGCACAAUACAAAAUCUGUUUGAAAUAAAGUUCAAAUCAAUGUUUAA